AUGGCAAUGAAGCAUUAUCCCUAUUUUAAACAGACAAUAUUUGAUGAAUAUUUUGGAGAUAAUGAUGUAUUUGACGAUUUUAUCAUCAAAGAAGAACCGGAAGAUAGUUCAACUCGUUCCCGAUAUAUAUCCGAAGAAACGAAUCAGACAACGGAGGAAGAAAAUCUUGAAACAUUACCAACAACAGCAACAACAACAACAAAUAAGAUAAAAAAGAAAAUUAAAAAAAUACAUUUAAAAUCAAAAGAAGAACGACAAUAUUUUUCCUCACCAAAUUCAUGUCCUGGCUCACCGAUAUUGCCGAAUACAGCGUCAAAUGCAAAUUCUCUAUUACCACCUGGCGGUCAUCUACCUAAAAGACGAACACUGUCUGGACAUCGAGCAAGUUAUAAACGAGCACAUACUGGUCGACAGUCUGUUGAUCAUACGCCAAAUGAAUUAUUCAUUGAAUUACAAGAAUUACGACUGGAUGAAAAGAAUGAAUAUCAUUGGCAUGAAUGUGCAAGGUGGAUUCGAUACGAAGAAGAAUACGAUAAAGAAUUGGAAAAAUGGCAAGCACCACGCGUCGGAUGUCUCUCAUUCCAUAGUUUACUUGAAUUAAGACGGGGUCUCCAGUAUGACCUUGAAGAACAAAAAAUUGAAUGUAUUUAUAAUUCGAUAAUCAAUGAUGCUAUUGCCAACGGACAAUUGAACAAAGAUGUUAAAGAUGAAUUACAUAAAAUAUUGAUAGUGGAUCAUAAACAUCCAGAAUCUUUUUCAUUUUCGGCAUUUCGUCGACGAUCAUCAACAAUUGAUUUUCCCCAACUAUCAGGACGGCGGUCUAGUUUAGCGUUCAGAAAGAACGAUAUCAUCCAUCUCGAUACUCCACGUCGAAUGAGUUCAUCUGAAGUAAAAUCAAAUGGUGAAUUGAAUAAAAACUUUAAGAGUUUAUUAGUAAAAUAUGAUAAUAUCGACGAAUCAGUUGUAACGAAUGUUCAUACAAAAACCGAUGAAUUAGAUGAAAAACAACUUCAUCGCAAGGGUGAAAAGAUUACUCAAGAACAACAGCUAUCACCGCCUGCAUCAACUCAACAACAUCGAGCAUCACAAGCUCACAUGGGAAGAUUCGAUCGAAAAAAUAGAGAUCAAGCAGCCUAUAAAUCUGAUCUUAUGAGACGAAUACCAGAUAAUGCUGAAUGUGCCGAAGUAUUAAUUGGAAGUAUGAGGAAUUUGACAAGACCAAUCAUGGCUUUUGUUAGACUAUCCAAAGGAUUUGUGAUGGAAGGAGUUACCGAAGUACAACUACCAUUAAAAUUUCUGUUUCUCUUAAUUGGCCCCAUUGAUGAAUAUAUUGAAAUUGGACGAUCACUUAGUACAUUGUUUAGUAACAGGGAAUUCCGAGAUGUAGCAUAUCAAGCUAUGGAUAGACGAGAUCUUUUAAAUGGAAUUAAUGAUUUUUUAUCUGAUUCAAUUGUACUGCCGCCAGGUAAUUUUGACAAAGAAUUACUGCUGCCUGUUAUUGAAACGGCUAGAUUAAAGAAAAUUCAAGUGAAAAAAUGUUAUGCUCGAAAUCAAAUCCAAAAUGCCGCUGAUAAACAACUUGAACAUCCUCACCCGUCUAUUGAUAAAGAGAAACAAGAUGAGGAUCCAUUUAUUCGAAGUGGCUACAUAUUUGGUGGUGUAUGGCGAGAAAUGCGUCGACGAUAUCGAAAUUAUAAAUCGGAUAUAGUCGAUGCAUUGGGAUUACAUUGUAUAAUUAGUUUAGUGUUCAUGUUCAUCGCUUGUUUAGCGCCGGCGCUGACAUUUGGAGGAAUUAUAGCUGAUAAAACAAAUAACAAAUUGGGUGUGAGCGAAAUGUUAUUGGCAUCGUCUUUAAAUGGUUUAUUAUUUGGACUGCUAAGUGGUCAACCGUUACUGAUUCUAGGACCAACUGGACCAUUUUUAGUUUUCGAAGAAAUGGUCUACGAUCUUUGUAAAUCAUUAAAUUGUGAUUUUUGGACUGUUCGCUGUUGUGUAAGUCUUUGGACAACAUUUUUUAUUAUUAUACUUGUGGCAUUUGAAGGAAGUUUUAUGAUUCGAUAUGUUUCACGUUUUACAGAAGAAAUAUUUGCUUUUAUAAUUGCUGUUGUUUAUCUGUACGAACCAGUUAAAAAAUUACACAAAAUUUUUAAAGCGAAUCCAGUAUUAGGAAAAUACAAUGAUUAUCCACUAUAUUGUUCAUGUAAUAAAUCGUCGUUAUUAUUCAAUGAAACAACUUUGACGCUGGACGUUCUCUCUUCUUCAUUAGGUCAAUUAUCCACCACUACAUCAUCAUCAUCAUUUUUGACUAGUAAUACGACAAUUUUAUAUAAUUCGUUAAAAUAUGCAUGUAAUGAUUGUUUAUCGAAUAAAUCGUUAACAUAUUUAUCGAAAUUAAAUGGUACAAAUUUCUAUGAUAUACCACAACAGCCAAAUAAAGCAUUAUUAUCUCUCAUUAUUUUACUUGGAACAUGUUUUAUCGCUCUGGCACUUAAGAGAUUUCGUCGAAGUAAAUUUUUCGGAAGGACGUCAAGGCGUACUUUAAGCGAUUUCGGUAUGUCAAUUGCGCUUGUAUGUAUGGUGCUUGUUGAUCAUUUAAUAACUAAAAGUGCUGGUGGCUAUAGUUUAACACAAAAAAUAUCUGUUCCUGAUUCUAUUCGCCCAAGCGAUAAAGAACGUGGUAAUAGUUGGCUAAUUAGUCCAUUUCGAAAAUUGUUACCAUUUUGGGUCUAUUUUGCGUCAUCAUUCCCGGCCGUUCUUAUUUGUGUUGUGUUAUUUUUUGAAGUUGAAUUAACUAGCAUAAUGAUACAAUCGAAGUUAAAAUAUGCCUAUUCAACGAAAUUGAUAAAAGGAACUGGAUAUCAUUUGGAUAUUUUAAUUGCAGGACUAUUAGUAUCGAUUAACGGUUUAUUAGGAUUACCAUGGAUAUGUGCUGCUCCCGUUCGAAGUAUUGCUCAUAUUGCUAGUCUUUCAAAAUUUAGCAAAACACAUGCUCCUGGUGAAAAAGCGCGUCUGAUUGAUAUUACAGAUCAACGACUGACAAAUAUUGGUGUACACUUACUUAUUGGUGCUACCAUCUUUGCUGCUCCUAUUAUAAGAAAAAUACCUGUUGCAGCUUUAUUUGGCAUAUUUCUCUAUUUUGGAAUUGUAUCCAUAUCUGGUACUCAAUUAUUCAGUCGAUUAAAAAUGAUGUUCAUUCCAACUAAAUAUUAUCCAAAUGUGGGAUACUUAAGACGAAUUCGUCAAUUAAAGCGAAAUGUAUAUACAUUUAUUCAGUUGAUUGCCGCUUUUCUAUUAAUUGGUAUUAAGAUUACCGAAUUUGCAUUUUUAUUUCCCUUUGUACUUGUUUUACUUGUACCAUGUCGUAGAUGGUGUUUAACAUGGAUAUUUACUGAACGUGAAUUAAAUGAGGCACGAAAUUUUGAAUUUUUGAAUUUAAUAGAAAACAAAUAA